AGAGUGUCUUGAAUCUAUAGAUGUAUUUUUCCGUAAAGACGUCACCGCUGUUUCCCCAGGCCUCUUGAGCAGCCCAGGGGCAGCAGCUGCAGGCACAGCCCGGCUGUCCCUGCAAUGGAGCUUCCACCUGCCCACAGCUAAAGGACGCCAUAGCCAGUUUCCUCAUUGUUCUCCAAGACAUUCCAGCAGCUGCAGUAUCUUUUGCUCCUGAUCUUUUUUUCCUGAGAAUCUCUGUGAAGUCAAGUUAUGUCAACAGCCACUUUAAUUAAUUUGGUACGAAAUGGAGGGUAUCAAGUAAGAAGGAGAGCCGUGCUCACAUCCCGCCUCUUGCAAGACGAGAAGCGGCCAACAGGGGCCUGCUACAUCUCCAGCUCUGAGCGCCAUGCUUCCCGCUUCGAUCCGGACGGGAGCGGGCGGCCGACCACAUGGGACACCUUUGGCAUCUGGGACAAUCGCAUUGAUGAGCCUAUUCUCCUCCCACCAAGCAUAAAGUAUGGGAAGCCGAUUCCUAAAGUGAGCCUGACCAACGUGGGCUGCGCGAGCCACAUCGGGAAGCGCAAGGAGAAUGAAGACCGGUUCGAUUAUUCUCAGCUGACGGAGGAUAUCCUGUACUUUGCAGUAUACGAUGGACAUGGUGGGGCAGCAGCAGCUGACUUCUGUGACAAGUACAUGGAAAAAUAUAUUAAGGAAUUUCUUGCUGAGGAGGAGAACUUGGAGAAUGUUUUGAGCAAAGCUUUUCUAGAAAUAAACAAAGCCUAUGAAAGGCAUGCUAAUCUCUCUGCUGAUGCAACGCUGCUGAACUCUGGGACCACUGCAACAGUGGCUCUGCUCCGGGAUGGCAUUGAGCUGGUGGUAGCAAGUGUGGGAGACAGCCGUGCUCUGCUGUGCCGAAAGGGAAAGGCCAUGAAACUCACCAUUGACCAUACUCCAGAAAGAAAGGAGGAGAAGGAAAGGAUUAAGAAGUGCGGUGGCUUCGUUUCCUGGAACAGUCUGGGACGACCUCAUGUGAAUGGUAGACUUGCAAUGACGCGGAGCAUAGGAGAUUUGGAUCUUAAAAACAGUGGUGUGAUAGCCCAGCCAGAAACAAAAAGGGUUCAGUUGCACCAUGCAGACGACAGCUUUCUGGUCCUUACCACAGACGGGAUUAACUUCAUAGUGAACAGCCAGGAGAUCUGCGACUCCAUAAGCCAGUGCCAUGAUCCUGCUGAAGCUGCCCACGUUGUUACUGAGCAGGCAGUGCAGUUUGGCACUGAAGACAACUGCACGGUUGUCAUAGUGCCCUUUGGAGCUUGGGGCAAGUACAAGAACGGCGAGGUCAGCUUCUCCUUCAGCCGCAGCUUUGCUUCCAGCGGGAGGUGGGCCUGAAGACCUGCCACAGCCAUAUUUCCCUGAAAUCAUCUGGACACAGGAGAACAUAUCCAUCUGUUCAUAGGCUGACUCAGUGUCUUGUCCAUCUCUUCCGUUCCCAGUGUUUAGAAGGUGCCACUGCUCCCUUGGUGCGUAACGCCCCGUUGUUGCUUACGGCUGACUCUGUCCUGCUGCCUGCCUUUAUUCCAGUCGGCACUGAGGCAGCCGUUUGGGAUUGCAGUCCCAGCAGCUCCGCACAUCACUUUGUUCACAUAGACGAGGCUCUGGGCUUUCACCUGAGGCUGGAGGGGUUGCACAGUUGUUCCAUAUCUACCUGUAUUCCCCAGGACCCUUAGUGACCUGGCAGCUCUGUAAGUCUGAGCCACAUGCUGGCUCCCUUGUACGUUAAUACGUGGGGGAACAAACGCACAAUGUUGUUGGGUAGACAGAAAGAGGCCUUGUUGUCUUCCUCUGCUGCAGCCACCCAAAACUCCCCUGUGCUUCAGGAGAAGUGGGUGAAAAAUAUGGCAGAAGUUUCGGAAGUGUUUAGGUUCUGAUGCCAGUGGCAUUCAGUGUAGCUGUACAACUUCUGAGACAGUGCUGGUUUGCAGGGCUUUAUGCUCUCACCGCCAUCAUCCGUGAUCCUCUAGCUCCAGGAGACAGACUAGGCUGGAGCCACGUGCUGUUGGACAGAUGGGAACCUUUCUCCAUUGGGUCCAAAGCCUGUACAGUCUCUGUGGACCAUGCAGCAGUCCCCUGCACUGUUUUCUUUUUGCUGUGUCAGUGCUUCACAGGAGCACAAAAGAGGGAAAAAGAUGCACAGUUUUGAUACCGAGAGACUCUCAUCAACUUGAAUUUCUUUUCUUUCUUUUUUUUUUUUUAAUAAAGAAAAUAAGCUAAUUUCAAAGAGUUUACUCUUCAAGAUCUGAUGCGUAAGACAGUUUAUUUCUUCGUAAAUACAUGAGGAUUUUCGUGCCCUCUGCUGAAGUUGUCUCAGUAAGCUGUGAUCUCCCUUGUCUCUUUAUGGUAUACAGGGAGAUGUAAAAUGUCCCAAGCAGGCUAGAGAAAGGAGAGAGCGUAACUUAUGGUAAUUUUUGUAAGUUUUGGUUAUUGUUUCUAGGAGGUGUCAGAUAUUCAGACACCAUAAGAUAGUUUUAUACUUGAAGGAAGUGUUUCCACUUCUCUUGUUGGGGGGAGUGUGUGUCCAGUGAGGCAUGGGGGGACCAGAGCUCUGAGCCAGCUCAUUUUGCUGCUGUGACAUGGACUGCAGGUGACAUGUUGGCAGCAGGUGAAGAUCUGUCCCAGCAUGUCUUGUUGUCUUGUUCAGACCACCUCCUUCCUCCUUUUCACAUCAGGUGUGCAGCUCCUGUGGCCUCUGGGUCACCCUGUUGCAAUGAAAUAUGGGCAGAGAAAAACUGGUCUUUUCUCAGGCUUGCUGCAGUAUUUCUCAUUCUACAGAUGUUUCCAACUACACAAUUGUAAAAUCAAAAGAGGCAAAAGAUACUAAGUCACCUUGCAAAAAAAAAUUUCUGAGGUGCCUGUCCUGAUCUUCAUUUUCCAGUGUGAAGCACUUAUCUUCAUUACUUUUAUCCCUUUCCUUUUAGUCCAGGGUUACUUAGUCACAUAGGCAGUCAUUCCACACAUCUUUCCUUGCCUCUGGUUGAAGACCUUGCAGCACCCAGCAGAGCACCGUGUUGUACUGACAUCAUUAGGUACUCAGUGUUUGGAGUGUGCUGGUUUUGUCCCAUCACUUGGUGUGUUACAUGGUGUGUAUAAUGUAUAUAUUCAGUUUAUAAGCACAGAGAGCUUGUGAGUCUGUGUGUAUAAAUCUGUUGCACAGUGCCCAGGCCUCUGUAAUGAGCAGUCCACUGCUGUACAAUCAUAAUUCCUUCUAUGUCCUCAGAUUUUCCCCAGGCCUGUGGUUUGGUGUUUGCCUGGGGUCAGAAUGGUUGCUGAUCCUGGGCUCAGCCUGGCUUACCUGAGGCUGGGAUGGCACUUUUAGUUGGUACCAGCAAGAGCAGGUUCUCACUUGAGGAGACAUUGCACCUGACAGAGGUUCAGAGAGCUGCUCUGGUUUGUGCUGCAGCAGGAACAUCUGACAGUCUUCCUCCUGCCAAAGUGUCCUGCUAAAACAGCAAGUCUGGUAGUUCCUAGCAAAGGGUUAACCACAGCCAGCAGCAGUUACUCCAGGCACAGGGAAGGGUUGGAAUCAGCCUCUGGAGAGGGAGUUGUUGUGGGGGUGGCUUUGUUAUCAAAUGUCGGACCCACUUGAGGGGCACUGCAGGGCUUUGGACAAGCUCCAUAGACACUGUCCUGUUCUAAAUGCUGCUCUCCUUUCAGUUUGGGCAGCUAGCCAUCUAUCCAGACAGGAGAUACUAAGGGCUUGGGGGUGUUCGUGACAAGUAAACACAGAUUUAUUUUUUUUUAUGAACAGUACUGGGUACUUGCCAAGUUGAAUACGUGGUAUUAAAUGCAGGCUGCUAAUGAAAAACACUGCAGAUGAAGAGCGGGUGCUCUGAGGAGUGACCUGGCAGCUAAAACAGCUUCUAACAUUGACCCAGAUGUAACAUGAAGUGAGAGUUUUCCUUCUCACUGGAGAUUUCUGGGGCUUUUUUUUUGUUUGUUUGCUUUAUCCCUGUGUGGUUGUCUGAUUGCAUAGAGAAUAAAAGCAGUUGGGGGCUUUUACUCCUACUAAUAGAGUGGCUAUCCUGUCAGAAGAGGGUCCAUCCAUAACUUCUUUUGAAUUUUAUAAAGGAAGGGAUAAGGCAAAUUCUGUGAAAUAGAUGAUUAGAUAAAGAUGUACUGGUGGUUGCUAUUACUGCUUUUGUACAAUCACAGAAACACUUAGAUUGGGAAGGACUCCUGGGCAUUAUCUCACGUCCUGUCUUUACCAGUCCAUUAUUUUGGGUGGCCCCUUAACAGCUCUGUUCCCUCUCAGUUCACAUCCACGGGCUCCCAGCUCACCACCAUCCCACUUCCUCAUGCUCCCCUGGUCACAUGGGAAGAGCCAGGGUGCACCAUGCAGCAUGUGCCUGGGGCAGGAGAGGACUGGGGCACCCCUGAUAGCCAAGGGGCCCAUAGGGAUGAGGAGGUAGAGAGAUCAGCUUCAAAGUUUUGGACCCAAGAAGACACUGUCUCCAUAGCUGGUGUAUCCAUACCCAGGCAGCACAUUGCUGCCAAGCUGUUACAAUGCAGGGACACUUUGAAUCACUGUCCUCCACAUGGCCUGUGUGCACAGGACAUCCUCUGGAUCUUUGGAGACCUCAUCUUCCUGCAGAUCACUGUAGAUGGCUCCCAGCACUGCUGAUUCUCUCAGGUAAUGGGUGCCUUCAUCUCUGUCAGUCCCCUCUGCAGGGGGGUUCACAAGACCAUCCUCACACUUCGGAAGAGCCAUCUCUAGGGACUGCAAAUUGCUGCCUCUUUUCCAAUUCCUCUCUCAAUUCCCCAGUUCCUAGGAAGGGAUUCCAGCUGUUGGGCUUCCUUACUUUCCAGUUGCGCACUGUCAGUCCUGUUAUCCCAGCUAGCUAUUGGAUCAGCCAGGCACCAAUCUGCUCACCUGGAGUCCUGUAACCUUCCCACAUGUCUCAAAGCUCCGAUGGGGUCAGGGACAGGGUAGUUUCUGCUUCUUGUCUGAAUUCACUCACUCCUUCCUCCAAUUUAUUUGUUGGAGGACCAGCAUCUUGAUCAAAUCUUUCCCCUUCUUCCUCCUCCCUUACUAAUCAAUGAUAUGGACCUGCUUUUUUCCUUGACCACAGUUUCUUUUGCACUCCUGGGGCAAUUCCUGUAGUUGCUCCUGUUGUUUGGGUCCUGCCUCAACCACAGCCCCCUGAGAGCACUGAACUGUGGCUCCAUAGGCACAGGCCAGGCCCCAGUACAGGGUGAGGGGCUGCUGGUUUUCACAUCAGGUGACACAUCAGUUUUCCAGGGUUGCUUGCCUAUUCAGGUGCAAAGUCCCAGGCUAUGGGAGGUGAUAUCUCUCUUAGGAACCUGCCCAAAUCCUUCCACACGCCCUGCCACCCAGGGAAUGCCGCCUCAGGGCGCAUUUCAGUAUUGCCUCGCCCAAACCCUUCUCUUACACCAAGAUGACACCAGAUUCCACCAACCCACAACACACCACCACUGUUGGUUAGUACUGUUCACAGCUCACGUAGGCGUGAACAAGAACCUCUGGAACCUGCACAGUCAUCCACAUCAGUCCCAAGUAGGGAGGGGGAGAUGAAUUCCCUCAUCCUCUUAUGGAGAUGAGACAGCUCCCACGGAAGAGGAAGGCCAUCAAUGCCAGGGACAAAGCCCAGACCCAUUGUUUGUACUAAUGUGUUCCCAAGUUCAGCAAAAUAAAGAGGUAAGCAGUGCAGCCAACACACUCCAUGACUCACACAGGAGCUUCCCACUUAGUAACUGCUGUAGCUGUAGCACACUGGAAACAAAGCUGCCCUUGUCUUGUGCCUCACAUCGGUGCCAAAUAGGACCGUGGAGGGUUGACCUUGUCUGGACAUCAGGAGCCCACCAAGCUGCUCUAUCAGUCCCCUUCUCAGCAGGAUAGGGUGGGGGGGAGGAAAUAAAAAGGAAAAAACCCCACAUUGGCCAAGACGAAAGGUAUUUUAAUAAAGUGGAUUAAAUAAAGAUUUAGUCUUAGCGUCUGGCCACUUCCUGGGAUGUAGGGCUUUAAGCGCACUGUGGUUGCUCUAGAAGACAAAUGUAACAACAAAUGCUUUCCCCCUCCUCCUAACUUUUUUUGCAGGGUAGAGUGAGGGGGGAACAUUGGACAGACAGUGCUGAUGCUGUGGGAGCACUGCUCUGCAGCAGCCAAAAGACUGGUGUGUCACCAGCCCCUUUGUAGGUACCAAUGCCCAGCCCAGCAUCGCGGGGCUGCUGUGGGGAAUGAGCUCCAUCUCAACCAGACCCUGUGCACACUUCUAGGUUUUCUUCUAUCUGGUCACUAAGCCUCCUGCUGCCUGUAGUGGCUCUCCAAGCAACCAGCUGUACACCCCAGGGACCAGCAAAAUGCUCCUGCACAGCAGAGAGCUCCUUUCAGCUUGAGGACAAAGAGCAAAUUGUCCUCACAACAACAGCUGCCUGUCAGAGAGGUUUAUUAUUCCAGGGUAUUGCAGGAUCUCACACUUUGAAUGAAAAGAAAUGGAAACUGUUUGCUCUGUAGCUCACUGUCUUUCUCGUGCAUCUGAUAUUUCAACAAAAAUAAUAUUUUUUAUUGCAGACUGAAUCAAACAUUAAGGGUGACCUACUGAGCAGACCAUAACAAGGGUUUGCUUUUCCCCUGCCUUUUAGGGAAUGGAUUCCAAAGCCCAGUGGAUCUGAUAGGAAUAUUUUUUUGCCUGAACACUCCCCCUGAAGCAGGGCAAUCUCUCACUGUACAGGUGCUGCAGGAGGGGGAGUUGUGGGUGCAAAAAGGCAAAAAAUGCUGUCCAGCUGGGUGCUCGUUUUUUACUGUAAGGAUAUGGAAGGCAAGGGGGGAACCUCACAUUGCUGGAGGAUUAACUAGGAGUGGUGUUCACACAGCAGCUGAACAGAAACAGCAGGUGUUCAAGAACCAGCUUAGUCACUGCCACCUGGAAAGGAGGGGUUUGUGCUUUACACAGGGAACUCGCAAAAAUGUCAUUUGGAGCCUUGAUUUAGGAGAUCUGAUCUCUCUGGGUGCUGGUGCAGUCAGUCCCUUUGGACCAAAAUGCUCAGGGCUGGAGAAUAAUGAUGGAGCACAGCUUGUGCUUGAGAAUGGGGGUGUGGAGCAAAAUCAAUAUCACUGCUUUUUACAUCCUUGGGGGAAAUAAAAAAUUAUGAGGAGCUUAGACUCACCACAGGAUUUCUGCUGACUUCGACAGGAUCAGGGUAUCAGGCCACAUUUUCUGUCUCAGCAGGUGGAUGUGCUGUGGUCAAAGGCAUUGGGAUUUCUACCUAAGGGAGAAGCACAAAACAACAGAUACCAGUGAAACUUGAUUUUUUCUUGAACAACAGUCAGUUGGGCACUGCUAGGUCAUUGGUCACUCACCCAACAAGCUGAAUGUAUGGUACAGCAGCACUUGGGGUAUUCCUUGGUUCCGAAGCUGCUGCUCUGCAUGCAGAGAUAUCCAUCGGGACCCAGGACAUCGAGUGCUUGGGCAGUGGUGUGUGUCAUAACUUUGUACAGACUCAAGUGCAAUUGCAUACAUUCAUUGCAUAGUUUGCCUUAGGACUGGGUGUAAUUCCUUAAUUCCUGUGGUUUGACAUUUAUCUUUGAUGUAAUCAUUGUCCAAAUUUCAUCUACUACUACAUUUUACAGAGCUGUCCAUUUUCCCUUUUCUUCUUUCUUUAAAAAUAUUUGUUCAUUUUCAUCAACUCAAAACUACAGUGGAGGAGAUAAGUCUGUACUGGAAUGCUUACAAGAUCUUGUAAUAAAGAAUUUGCUUCUAGGA